AUGCACACGGAACCAUGUUGUACAGAAAGUGCCGUUACGGAAAGGACCUUACAGGUCAAGAACAAGCCGGACAGUGCCUUCUCUUCAUCUCCUCUAUCAUCUUCCAGGCUCUCCUCGGUGGCUCUGACAGCAAGAAACGAAGGAGAGAUGCACAACGAAACGGGCAACAUAAGUGUUUUCCCCUUCCCGGUAGUGUUCGCCAAUUGCCAACCGGGCAGCUGGGUGCGCAAGCACAUCCGCCUAACAAACAAAGGAAAAAAUGAGCAGAAACUAGCUGUUACCUCCUCAAAUCCUUCGGUGCUCUUCGUUCAUAGGGAGGCUCUAACCCUGCCUCCCGGGGCGUCGGUUUUUCUCCCCAUAAUAAUGUCUGUGCCGUCCGCCGGCAAUGGCACGGGCAAUGGGGGCUCAAGUCAAACUGGAGGGAAACGUUUGACACGGGAGUGCCUCGCUAUUAGAGGAAUGGGCUGGAGCAUCGAUCUACCGGUGCUCGUGACCCAGGCAGAAGAGCACACGACAGACAACCAAGCGUCUUUAGACACUAGGAAGAGAGCCAGUUCUGUGUUUUUCUCUGAUUCCAAGCUGAAAACAGCACCCUCCCUACUAAACAGCUCUUCACCUUUACCUCCGCGCCGCAGCACCCGUAGGUCAACGGAGCCCCAAAGGAGGCCUCUUACAGUUUCUCUAUCCAGAUCAGACACCUUUAAAUGCUCUCUAGAGGGCUCUUGUGACGAAGUUCCCAUUACACACUCUGCAGACUCCUGGUGGCCGGCCCCCCAGGGGCUCCCCUCUCCACAAGCAAAAGGGCCCUCACCGUCUUCUGCAUUGAGUUGGGGCCUCUUGGACCCAUCAGACCUUUUAGAUGCAAAAUCCGAAGGCACAUCGCAGUCCUCUAUUAGCCCAGCUUUGCUUGCCUCGCAACAACCUCUAGACGGCUCCAGAGGGGCCUCCAGGCUUUUGCCUUCUUCUCCACCUUCCACGGGAUCGCCCUCAGAGGCGAGCCUGCAUUACAGUGGCAGUGACAGCUGUUGUAAUAGCAGCAGCACCGUGUUUGAGGGUCGCCUGAGGGCGGUCCCCAAAACUGAGGGUGAUAAUGCUAGAUACGGGGACCAAGGGUUCUCUGAUGCUGGGGGGUUGCAGUUUGCAGUCACAAACAAAGGCAGGUUCUGCACUGCAAAUACUCAGAGGGAGCCUCCGGUGGCCACGGAAGCAAGAUUACCUCGUCGGGAUAAAGUGAGCUUUCAGAAACCCCACUGGAAGAAUUUGGAGGACAGCAUUAACAAGGCUCAGAUCCCCACCGCUGAGUGCAGCGGUGAGGCAGGGAGGAAAGGAGCCCCUGCGAGUGCGCUCUCAAGGUCGUUACAAAAUCAUGCUCAGUUAGCAGCAAAGAAGCAAUUUGAAACCGUACCAGGAAAGCAGAAAGAAGUGGUUUCCGCGGAAGCUGAAGUCCUGACACACCAGGACGCACUGGUAUGCAACAGGAAGAAGGUUGAAGCCCUGGAGCGGCUGCAUGGGCAGCAGCAUGCCAUGCACCAACUACCCGCCAAACCGACGAAUUCGUCAAUACAGUCGUUAUACCCAUUUCACACACUGGGGAGGAUAACUGCGGAGGAUGCUAUCCUUUCAGACGGCAGCAAUAGACACAGUGAAUGCACGCACAUCGGUCAAUUUAUCAGCACGAAGCGCCUGCGGGAGCAGCAGUGGUCGCGAGCGGCACACAGGCAACAGGACGAGCUGAGGAAGCUCAAGGCCGCUCUGGCUGCUGCUCAUGCGCAGCACAAAAAGCAGCAGACACUGCUGCAGCGGAGACUACAUGCAUUCGAAGCAGAAGCAGCAGUAGCUGCAGCAGAAGCAGCCGCAGCCAGAGAAAGGGAAAAGCAUUUGCAGUUGCAGAUAGAAGAGCAGCAGCAACGCUUUGCCGCUGCUGAACGGUCUGCUGCUACCAAAUAUGCCGGACUGUUCCGCCAAUUUCAGGCUGCCAUGAGUCGUGAAAAAAACCUCCAGAUGCACUUGAAAGCUGCACAAGCUUCGCUUACUUUCCUGUCGUCACUACGGCAGCAGCAAAGAGCUUGUACUCCAGACCGGCCUUUGGACCGCCUCCAGGGAGGCCACAGCAUUGAUGGCGCAGCUCGAAAGCUACGCAAAUACAGCAGCCAGAGCUGCAGCAGUAGCCACAGUAGCAGCCACUACAGCAACACAGGAAGGGGUGCCGAGCCACAGGAAACGGAUCACCUCUCGGACGGCGAGCAGAAGAAGGCCUCGACAGGAGUGCCGCCGGAUGCAGUUUGUUUUUUAAAGGUCCCCGCGGAAAUUCAACAUCUGAUUGAUCAUCUAGACACUGCCAGGGGCUCGGAAGCAGCACGCAAGGCCGAUGCUGUAGGCAGUGUUCCUCCUGCAGGCAUUGCAGGCAGUUGCUGUGUGAGGACGCGCGGGGGGCUGCAGCAGCGGCUCGCCAAAGCAACUGCAGAGCUCAUUGCUAAGACUCAGUUACUUGCUGCCCGGGAAGCGGCGGAGGAGGAGCUGCAGCAGCAAGCAGCCGACAGUUCAGCAGCCGCCGUCGCAGCCGAGAAGGCAGCGGCUGCAGCAGAGAAAAAGUUACUGUGUGCAAUCUCCAGGAACGCAGAAGCGCAUGCCGAAUUGACUGCUGCUGCUGCUGCAAAGCAGGCAGCGGCAGCUGCGGCAAAGGCCUCAGACGCACUGGUAGAAAAAUUGCGCGCCUCCGAGAGGCAGCUCCAGCUUCAGUGUGAAGCUCUCAAAAGCGAAAGAGAUAGCUGGAAGCAGCAACUGCAGAAGCACCUGCGCCAGCGGCACAAACUCUUGCAGAAAAUGCAGCAACAGCACGUCCGCCUCCAUGAAGAGCAAAGCAAAUGCCCUGAAGAGGAGCAGCAGUCACAGCAGCACCGCCAGCUGCAGCAAGAUCUGAUGCUCGUAGGAGCACCAGGAGACAACGCGCCAGCGUUUCCUGCAGCAGCAGUGGCCGACAAGGACUCUGCCGCAGCCGACGGUGGCUCAGACCCAUUGAUACUUGCAAGCGCCCCUCUUCUAGUUAGCUGGUGGCCUGAAGGGCAGCAUGACCUCCCCAGCCUCGACACCACCACUAGCGACGGAUCUGUCGAGUCGGUGCUGCGUGGUAGAGCUGAGCAACUCGUGUUUUACGUAUCUAGCGUUUUGCUGGCUGUGGGGCGUCGGCUGGCAGCCAGCAGCCAGCGGGAGUUAAGGGUCUGCAGGGAAAACAGGGUGUUGCUGCAAAGGCUGAAGGGUGAGACAGCGAGGCGAAUCAAACAAGAGGCCAAGAAUGAGGUACUCAGCACGCACCUCAAGGCUCUUGAUGCAAAGUCUUCUGCUAUGGAGUCCUUUGCGGCAGCAGAGGCUGAAGCAGCGGCAGAGCACCAUAGGGCUGAGGUAUCCCUUCUAAGCCGGCAGCACGCGGAGGCCUUAGGGACGCUCAAAUCCUAUGAGGAAGAAAGGGCUUUGCUGCUCUCGCGUCAUCUAGCCGUUUGUAGCAAGGUGCAGCAGCUACGAGGGGCCCUUCGACGGGCAGUACAGCGGGGCCGGAAGGCAGCAGCUGCCGCUGCUGCUGGAGCAGAAGAUGCAGUACUGCAGCGGCUCUCCGACUGGCGGGAGUCCCUCAUGAGAACAACCGUUGAAGCAGCGGAGAGUUGCCGCAUGAAUCCCUGCUGUGGGAGCCGCAGCGGCAGCUGCUGCAGCAGCAAGUCCAGGCGCUGCUGCGGGGAGGCUUCUCCGUGGGAUCAGAAGGGAGCUGCAGGCCACUUAGCGGCUCAAGGCUUAGCGCAGCGUCUGGCUGCCGCAGAACUCGCAGUGCUGCAGCUGCGACAGGCCCUGGCGAGAGCGUACCAAGGGUGUGCGGGCCCCUAUGGAGAGCGGCAGUCUUCCAUUGACCCUCCGUCUUACAGGAGUAUCACACCCACGGCGAAAGAAUGGCGAGAAGAAAAACGCGGCCUUCACGAGGAGCUGCGAGGCCGUUCCAGCGACGCAAGUAGUUGCGGUGUUCCUGGCAAAAAUAGCGCGCCACGGGGGCGCAAGGAUCAACUGGACGCAUGCGUCGACUCGUUUACAGAGUCUGCUAGACAUCCUAAUAUUCUAAGAAACGGGCAGUCAAGCGUACAGACCACCAGAGAAGGGCCUUGCUUCGAGGCGACUUGCCCGUCUUGGGACAUGGAUUCCUCUCCAGAGCCAGAAGAGAGAGCCCUAGCCGAGGCAGCACGGCUGAUGGACUGUGUCAAAGCUAUGAAUAGGCAGAAAAGUCUUCUAGAAGCUGCAGCAGCAAAGGGAGAGGCUGCAGAGCUAGAAUCGGAGGCACUUAGAACCAAAGUCGCUCUCCUACAGCAGAGGGAGCUGGUUGAGGCCCUCAAGACCGCACAGACUGCGGCGGCAGUGGCGCGGCAGCAAUUGGAGCAGCAAGAAGGAGCAGUGCAGCAGCUGCACCUGCAAGUGCAGCAGCUGCAACAGGAUGCAGCAGAACGUCUUCAUGUGAGCGAUCGCCUUCACGAGGCGCUCACACUCUGCAAGGGGAAUUACGAGAAGGAUGCGCACUCGGUGGAUCCCCGUGGCGGCCAGAAAUCCGGGGUAGGCCUUUUAGUUGAUGCUAUGGCUUUUUCACUCCGUCUUACCGCCUUAGAGAAAGAAAAGGCCGUCGCAGUGCUCCCACAGCUCGUAUUGCAACAGCCGCACACGACUAACAGUCUACCAGCCCCACAACCAACCGAAGAACUCCUGCUAGCUCACAGGCUCCUCCUCGGAGACCUCCUCCAGGCCUUGCCGCACAGCGGCGACGGUGUGCUGCAACAGCAGCGACAGGAACCUCAGUGCAUGCACCGGGAGGACCGUUACCCACAUGACACGCUUAAAGGGAAGCCUCUGAAGAGCAAGCACCAAACUGAUUCAGCAGCUGCAACAGCAGGAGCAAAGGCACAAGUGGCAGGCGCCGCAGCCUCCUGCCGUAGUCUGGCUGCUGCCGCUGCGGCCUGUCUACUGAGAGGCGAAGGCUCCUCGCUACUUGUCACUCUACCAAAAACCUGUGCCAGCUGCAGCAAGUGCAUGUCGAGGGGCAUAGCCACCUCCGCCGCUGCACUCGGUGGACUCCAAAAGCAGCGAGCAGCCAGAGAGGCUGAGGCGCAGGCGCUCCGGCUCUUACAGCAAGCUCAGAGACUCGGAGGGCCCCUCCUCUUCAUCGCUGCAGCGCAGCAUAGACUAUCUACCCUGCUUACGUUCGAGGGCGCAUGCAGUGCUCCGCUGGGUACCCGUGGUACUGUCGGUCCUGCACAACCGACAGCACCGCUGCUGCAGCUGGAGUCCGCAGACACAGCGGUGUCAUUACUGCUGCUACAACAAAUGCAAGGUGCAGCAGCAGCAACAGUAGACACCCUUGUGGAGGCCCACUCCCUCAGUCUUGCCCUCGGUGAAUCCUUAGCUGCUCUUAGAGGAGGGGCGCCUACGCUUCCAGGAGUCUCUUCCCAAGCUGUGCAGGAGAACCCCCCGAAUGUGUCAAAAUAUGCAAGAUAUCCUGCAGCAGUCUCAGCAGCUUCAACAGUGCAGCCGCAGAGCGCUAUUGCCGGAGGCGAGCCACAGACUCCUCACAUGAUGCCGUCCCCGGACUGCGCUGCCGCCGCUCGCUGCAGAGUCUCGUCCAAAGCAGCUCAUAGGACGGCUACUGAGAGACUGCCAGGAGGCUCUGGCUCAGAGAGGCCAUCUAAUCGCGUCAGCAGGCUCUCCAGCUCCAGUGACUGUAGGCUUGAGCAUGCAGGUAGUGAAGGGGCCGCGGGUACGUGUGCUGGCCUCUGUCGGGCUGCAGGCGUCCGGCCCAUCGGGGGGGGCACACGAGAGGGAAAAGAGGCCACAACGCAUCAGCAGGAGCGCAAGGCGCUUUCGCGCGGAGGCUCGCAACAAAAUAGAUGUCCUACUCCAGCGGAGGAAUCACGACAAGAGCGGCCGCAGCAGCUAUCGCAGCAACAUCCGCGGGGAAAAGCAACCACUCCGGGCAGCGAGAUCAAGAACACGCCUUCAAAAGCAACACUUGGUAUAUCAGCGAGACUUAGGGGGAUGCAGCCCGCGAUAUCUGCCCCAUCAGAGGACCCCUGCGUCUCUCGCAAAAGAAGAAAUCCACCCAGCUGCGUAGAACAACCCUGUGAUGAGCAUAUCGGAAACGGGAAGCCCUCCUUGGCUAUGCUUCCUUGCCAAGGCCCUUCCCAGCGGCAACUGCCUGAGCGACCCCCUGGUGAGGCUACCUCUAAAGGUGCUGGGCAGCCGCAGGGGACAGAAAAGUCGAAACACUUACACCACUCCUUGCAGUUGCAACAACAGCAGCAACUUCCAGAGAAGCACGCGGAGAAUUCUCAGGAGCAGCAGCCACUGCAGCAACAGGCACCGUCUGACGCUGAAGCAAAGGGAGAGAUUACGCAUGAGAUUCGAUGCGGCCCUCCUAGCCGCACCGUACGGCCCCAGUGUCCGUGCUGGUUGCCCAUCAGAGAGUAUGUGGAGUUUAAACCACAGAUAAGGGGCCCUCCCGCUGUACACCGAGUUUACUUAGGGUGUCCGCAGAGGCCUGCAGUACGCAACUGGAGGGUGGAACAUCACCAGGCGCUUCCUGGUGGAGUGCGUUGGUCCCACCCGCCAAGCGCCCUGCAUCUGCUCAAAACCCCCCAAUGUCGGUGCAUCAGCGGCACAGCUGCCGAAGGGCAGGAGACAGCGCUUUCUUGGCAGCUACCUCCCCAGCAGACUGGCGCCGCAGUCGGCAAAAGCAGCGGGGUGUACAGACAACGGAGAGCUGCAAGUGGUGCUGUGGUGAGGGGAGCACUGCACAGAGAGGGAACAGCAGCCUCUCGCACUGUUUCUUACGCAACCUCUCGUACACGAAGCAGGCAGAACAGUAGAGCGCCUCUUGCUGCCGCACGGGGUACGGGUGAUGCAGGGGAGCCACACCCCUGCUGUUCGUAA